AUGACCAACCACUCGGUGGUAAUGGAAUUCUACCUCAUGGAGUUCUCCAACACCAGGGAACUCCGGGUUCUGCAUGCCUUUGUAUUUCUGAUAAUUUACUUGGAGACCAUCAUGGGGAAUCUUCUCAUCAUCAUCCUUGUCAUUCUGGAUCAGAGUCUUCACACACCCAUGUACUUCUUCCUCCAGAACUUAUCUUUUCUUGAUUCUUGCCUCAUUUCAAUCACAGUCCCAAACUUUAUUCUGAACUCUUUAUCCCAUAGGAGCACAAUUUCUAUGUCAGGAUGUGUGUUGCAGAUCUUCUUGGUGGUUCACUUUGUUGGAUCUGAACUUUUCCUCCUCUCAAUCAUGUCCUAUGAUCGAUAUGUGGCCAUCUGUCAUCCUCUGCAUUAUGAGAAUAUAAUGAACAGGGGCUUCUCUGGAAAUUUCUCUCUGUCUUUCUGUGGAUCCAGGAAACUCCCACGUUUUUUCUGUGAUGUUCCAUCUCUACUGAAGAUUUCUUUGCUGAGAAUGCCAUCAUUUCAAGGCAGGUCAAAAGCCUUCUCCACUUGCCUGCCCCAUCUGGUAGUUGUGAUCACAUUUUUUAUGACAGGUGCCAUUGCCUAUUUGAAACCUGUCCCUGACUCCCCAGAUCUUCUUGAUUUUGUUAUUGUGCCUCCAUCAUUGAACCCUAUAAUAUAUAGUUUAAGAAACAAGGAAAUCAAAGUAGCUUUAUGUAAGAUUCUUUGGAAACUAAGCCACUAUAAAAAUUCCAAGUGA